AUGAUUAACUCAGUGAACUUCACCGCACCCGAAGCAUUUACAAACUCCACAACUCAAACCAUUGGGCUACCGGAAAGUCUGGAAAUCUGUGUGUACUUCAUCUAUUUCCUGUUUGGUCUUCCUCUACACUCCUAUGUUUUAUGGCUCAUCAUCACAGGAACAGGAAGUGGAGUUGCAUCAGAGUUCUUCAACCUCAAUCUCUCUGUUUGUGAGAUUGCAAACUCUUUGAACUGCUUUUUCUUUGUACUUUCAAUUUGGUUUUCAAGUCACUUGACCCUAAAAUUGUUUUUAAUAGGACUCUCUGUCACUGGCCGUCCUCUGUUUCAGUGUCUGAUGUGUGUUGAGCGUUACCUGGCAGUGGUUCAUCCUGUAACCUUUCUGAAGUUCAAACCUCUCAGAUAUAGAGUGAUCUGCUGCACUGUGGCCUGGAUAAUGACGCUUGGUUCUUGUUUGUGCUGCAUGUUAAUUUUAGUUUCAGUCAACAUUAUUGCACAUACAAGGUUCGUCUUGUUGCAGUUUAUCUUCUUCCUCUCCAUUCAGUUGUUCUGCUGUUUUGCUGUUCUCAGAGCUCUGAAGCAGUCAGGACCAGGAGAGAGAAGGAGAGAGAGAGAAGAGGAAAACAACAUGAAGAGAAGAGCUUUUUAUCUCAUUCUAAUAACUACUGUGACCUUGGUUAUCACAUAUGUGCCAGUUAGUAUCUCUGCAUUCUUUACCAUUCUGGGACAGCAAUACAGUUUGUUAUUUUGGUAUCCUGCUCUGUUUUGUUAUGUUCUAGCUGGUUUUGUUCAGCCUGUUCUUUAUCUGCACCAGGGUGGAAAAUUCUCUUGCCUCUGUUCUCCAUAAAGCCUGUAGAAAAUUUAAUUAUACCUACUUUUAUUUGUAUUUAUUUAUUUAUUGAUAACUUUUAGUAAUGAAUGAGGUUGUUUUUUUUAUUUUUUUAUUUUGUUCUUUCAACUGAAUUGUCUCUGUCCUCUUAAACGGCUGUUUAUUUUGGUCUUUACACUGCUGAAUCACACACUGUCAUAUGUGUGCAAAUGUCACACACUUACAAAUCCAUGUAUUGUUCCUCAAAAGUGUUCCUUAUAUCAUCCGGAUAUCUUUUAAGUGCAGCUUUAUUUGGUAUAUGGUAAAAAGCUGUGCACCCUGACUUCUAAAAUAUGAAUAGCAGCCAACCACUGAGAUUUCAAAUAGUAAUUUCAGGGAGUUUUGAAAGUUUUGUGUUUAAUAUAGACAGAAACUAAAUGAAAAAUAGCCAUGUGUCCAUGAAGAAAUCCCAUUUAUUUUAAGUUUAUUCUUAGUGUGUUUAUCUGAUAUAUUUAUUAUAAAUGGUAGCUAUUUGCUUGUUUUUCAAAUAAAUCAAAAAUUCCUUAUAUGUGCAGACUUUUAAAUGAUUAAGGAUUUUAGAAUACAUUUUUGUAUUAUGUUUAGAAUUUUUAAUGAUGGUGGAUUUUAUGAAAUUAUUCCUGGGAUGGUUAUAAUAUGGGAUGGUUUGAUGGUUAGAGUUGUAU